CUCCCGCAGGCGCUGGGGGCCGGGCCGGCAGGGGCGGUGCUGGCAGCGGGCCGGGCCGAGCGGAGCCGCCGGCAGCAGCGGGAGGGCCGCCGGCAGCAGCGGGAGGGCCGCCCGCAGCAUGUCCCCGCUCCGCGUCUGCAUCGUGGGCUCGGGGAACUGGGGAUCAGCCAUAGCCAGAAUCAUUGGCAAAAAUGUCCAGAAAUCCAACAGAUUUGAUCCUACUGUCAAGAUGUGGGUAUUUGAAGAGAUCAUCAAUGGAAGAAAACUCUCAGAAAUAAUCAACCAGGAACACGAAAAUGUUAAAUAUCUGCCUGGAUACAAGAUACCCCCAAAUGUGGUGGCUGUGCCAGAUGUGGCUGAAGCAGCAAAGGGAGCAGACAUCCUAGUGUUUGUUCUGCCACAUCAAUUCAUUGGACGAAUCUGCGAGCAGAUUGCAGGCCACAUAAAACCCGAGACCUUUGGGAUUUCCCUGAUCAAGGGGAUUGAUGAUGGUCCUGAUGGCCUGAAGCUCAUCUCUGACCUCAUUCGAGAGAAACUGAAAAUAGAAAUCAGUGUGCUUAUGGGGGCCAACAUAGCCAAAGAAGUGGCUGAUGAGAAGUUCUGUGAAACCACCAUUGGGUGCAAAAAUGAAAAACAAGGGGAGAUCUUUAAAGAAUUAAUGCAGACCCCCAACUUCAGGAUUACUGUGGUGCCUGACUCUGAUACAGUGGAGAUUUGUGGAGCCUUAAAAAACAUCGUAGCAGUGGGAGCUGGGUUCUGUGAUGGACUGAACUUCGGCGAUAACACAAAGGCAGCAAUUAUACGCUUGGGCCUUAUGGAAAUGGUGGCCUUUGCCAAGAUGUUCUGCACGGGGCCGGUAUCAAUAGCCACUUUUCUGGAAAGCUGCGGAGUCGCUGAUCUCAUCACUACGUGCUACGGGGGACGCAACAGGAAAGUAGCGGAAGCUUUUGCUCGCACAGGAAAAUCCAUUGAGGAACUGGAAAAUGAGAUGCUGAAUGGACAAAAGCUGCAAGGUCCUCAGACCUCAGCUGAAGUCUACAAGAUACUGAAACAGAAAAAUAUACUUGAUAAGUUUCCGUUAUUUACAACCAUCUACAAGAUCUGCUACGAGGGUCAGUCGAUCCAGGAUUUCAUCGUGUGCCUGCAGAACCACCCGGAGCACAUGUGAGACCCCCUCUCCUCACCCGGCUGCACCCGCAUCUUCCCAGGACUCCUGUCCGCUCCACGGCAAAUAGAGAAACAGGUUGUGUGACACUUGCUGUAAAAGCAAGAAAGAAUGUAUUUCAGUAUCCUCAUUUCUGGGGGUCAAAAAAAUCUGCCUUUAAUUUCAACCUUAUACCCAAUGAACAGGAAACCAAUGUAAAAUUUAACAGUAUUUGAUUUGAGUUGGUAAUGCAGGCAUUGCCCUAGAAUUACUUUCUUGUUGAUUGAAAACAGUUCCCUUCGUAAUUUCCAUAACUAGAGCUCGGUCUAACUCACGCGAAUCUCAACAUUUUGCCUGCUAAUGUUACUUACAGAACAGCACAAGAUGCAGAAGAACUCGUCCAAACAGAAAAAAUAUAAUGAUAAUUAAAAAAAGGCCUGACAGCAAUAAGAUGCCGUCACAUGGGCAAAUGUUGGGUUUCCAUAAUUCCCCUCAAACAAAAAUAACAUUUUGCAUUUUGUGACAUUUAGUCCUUCCUUAAUUUUGUUUCCCACUAUAAGCCUCUUUUAAAAAAUAAGUGUUGUUACUGUGCUCAGACACACCUGAAUGUUCAGAACAAUUUAAGGGCAGAGAGGUGUUUGUUUCCAAUUCAGGAAACUACGAAAUCCUCAGGAGCAGUCUGACCUUCGCUAGACUUAUUCUGUUGAAACACAGGAAGAAAAUCGGAAUAGCCAAAUACAUGUAUUCAUUAAUUGGUACUAGCUGAGAGGGGAGAACCGAGGCUGACAAGGAGGAUGUACCCACGACCCAGCUCACAGCUUGGGCAAUCCUGUUAUUUUGAGGACUUCACGAGCAACAGUGAGAAACCCUCUGUGGUACUUGACUUUCUAUACACGCAUGGAAAUAACCGCUCUAGACGCACAAAAAUCCUGUAAAAUUGCAUUUGAAGCCGGGCUGUAUCUUAACUCCGGUGGGAAACUCCACUGGCCCGGCCCCAGUGCUGCUCCCACAGUUUUCCAGGCUGCAGUCUAAGGCUCCAACCUUGCUGUGGCUUAAGCAACACACAUUACACUCCAGAGGAGAGAUCUCUCCAUCUACUUCUGAAUUUUAAACACAAACUGGUCCAUAUACCAGUUUUUUUUACUUUGUUACCAAUGGCAUUAACUUUAGAAACAUAAGUUUUUAAACCUUAUAGCUGUACUUGGGUAGCUUUACAUACCUGACGUUUCUCAGCAUUAAAGCCAUCUACGAAAUGAACAGUGGCACGUUUUAUAAGCUUUCAUAUCCUUUUGAAAGACUCCUAUUUUAAGACAAGGCAAACAAAAAGGAAGAGUAACCUACUCUUGCUUUGCUUUAUCCGAUUUUCCAAAAUAGAAGAGAUGAAGGCAAAUGUUUGGGGUUUUUUUAAUCUAUUUGCUGACAUAUUGCUUAGAAAAAAAACAAAAACAUGCUAGAUUAUAAAAUUGUCUUCACUGUGUAUUUGAUAGGAAUGCUGCUCUGUCUCUCAUUUAUCAGAGUAAUAUACAUAUAUAUGUAUAAAUGUAUUGUCAUUAUAAAUAUAUGGUAAAAACCCCAGUCUCACAGCUGGCAAAGCUGGCUCAGUACCAGAAACAGUGGCUGCAGCAUCACGGAUCCCACCGACCAGCACUGGGGGGCACUGAGCAAUUCCACACCAACAUUCCUCCAGCUGAAAUGGGAAUCGGGUGGCCAAAUCCUUCACACAAAACAGGGAAUUAUCAUCUUCAAAUGGGAAAAAAGAAAAAGACUUAAAUAUUGCAUAAUUUUUAAGUAUCACAUACCUGAGGAUGGAAUAGAGAAUUCAGGAACCUCCUCACUUCACCGGCAGAUUGAACUUCCGAAAAUCACCUAUGAGCUAAUGGUAAUAUAGAACAUUUUACCUUCAAAGUGUGUCAAAUAAGAGUUUAAUAAAGCGAUCGAUAUGCAGACAGUGUAAUUUCAUUUUUCAAAAUUCUCACAAAAUAAAUGACUGUUGUAAUGGUCCUUUAUUGCA